AGCAGAUUAAUAGUGCUAAGGCUGAAGAAAUGUUGAAAUUAUCAAGGAGUCGUGGCAAUGAAAGAGCGGGUGAGAUGUUGAAAAGGAUUGAGGCUGCGAAAGCUCAAGCUGCGAAAAAAGCUGCUGCACAAAAUUUUUAG